UUUUUCUGCGAGACCGGCAGCGAUUCUCUCGAUGACGCUUGCUUCCCGACCUUCCUGUCAUCUUCUAGCUGGUCGUGCAACUGUGUCUUCCUCACUCUCCCCCGGAAAAAACCAAGGAAGAAAAUCUGCUUCCAGUGAAGCAUCUGUCCGCAUAACUUUGCCUCGUCUGCUCCUCUUCCUCUUUUCUUCUCUCGCUUUUUCCUUUCUCGCUUCCUCCUCUCCGUCUCUCGCGUUCUGCGCCUGCCACCCUUGAGACCGAGAGUCCCUAGCACAAGGCACUGGAAAGGAGGCGCCAAGAAAUGUCGUCGUCUGAAAAAGGAAACGAAAAAGGGGGACAAGAGACUAGAGGAAUGCAGAAGAGAACAACUUGGAAGGAAGGAGGGAAAGGGAGGAGGGCGAGAGGAGACCGGAGAAAGAGAAGAGGGUGAGGUCGGCGGCGGCGGUUGUUUUUCCGAACUGGAGGAAAACGAGGAUGAACAUCAAAAAUGAGCAGCAUGAAAACGGCCAGAAAACAAGCCGAAGGAAAGUGAAAAGCUCGUGGAUGUAGCUACGAGAUACGGCUUUCAGCGGUGGCGACCCCCGUGGAACAGACGCCUUGCCAGCGAAGGAGCAGUUAGAGCGGCGGCAGCCAGUUCCUGGAGUCGCGCCUCCAAGCGAGUUUUUGUUGCGUUUUUCGAAGGAAAAUAAAAAAGUUCUGGAAAAAGCAACCGGUAAUUUACUUUCUCUUUUUACCUAACUCGCGUCUCGUGUCUGCAUGCCCUCUUGCUCUGUCGCUCGCUGCUCCGCUGCUGCCACCCUCUCUCUGCAGGCUCUGUUCUGAGCCUGCACCUUGUAUCUCUCCUUUUCUCUUCUUUUACAUUUGCGCCAGAAAGCAGGAUCGCUCAGCCAAAUUCCCCGUGUACUUCUUCUAUGGUCACACUCGAGAGUAUCUCUUGAUUGAAAAUGCAAACUUCGCGCCAGCUGCCGUUGUGUCUCGCGUUGAGUCUUGCCAACACACACACGCUUUUCCAGAAACGCCCUUUGAGAAGACAGGGGAAAGGGGCGGGAACUUCGGGUCUUUCUGAGCAUUGCCGCUAGCGAGAAAUGGGAGGAAAAUUAAAUUCUGGAAGCGGUCCGCAAAGGUGACACCGGCGCCGUAGCCAGCACACGACGGUUACGAAAGGCAGGCCACCAGAAGGGCAGGUCGACUAAAAGAGAGCGACAGCGCGAGAGCGAGAGGAUGCCUUUGGAGGAAAGGAGAAAUCUUUUUUCCGUGUAGCCCCGUUUCGCCCUGGUUGCAUUCUUUUCAUUCUUUCACGCGCUCCUGUCUCGUCCGCGUCGCUGUCACUCAGCGUCUCGCGCGCCUGCCGCGUUUUGUGGUAAUAUAAACGAGUCUGUGUGGUUCUUUUUCCAGUAUCUUCAGUCCAGUUUUCGUUCCAGUCUUUCCUCUCUGUCAGGCUUGUCUCGUUUUCUCUUUCGUCGUUUACGAACCGUCGCUGCUUCUUAGCACGUUGUGCGUGCUUCGCUCUGCACACACGAACCCUGGAUUUUCGACAACAGACGGAAUCUGUGCGUCGAUCUUACCGUGGGAUCUUCCCGCUCAUUUUCGCUCUUCUCGCGUGUCUACCUUCUUUCGGCCUCCGUGAAGUGAGUUCAACAAAGGUGUGUGACCAUUCUUACUGUUGGGACUCGAAAAACUGUUCACAGUUUUGCCGGGUGGGCUUGCGGCUGAGCAUAACAUUUUCCUGGUGCCUCGACCUGUAUAUGCACACUUGAGUGCUGCGCGAUAUACGGCAGUCUCAUUUCAGAACGGAUGUUGACAGGAGUGUUCGUGGAUAGCGUUACGACGGGUGAAUGUGGUGGAUAACAACUGUACCGUCAAAAUGCGUGUGUCUUCUGCGUCGACCCUGUAAGCCAAUCGCAGCGCGCAUACAGACGUCGGCGAAGAGGGAAUGCCACUCACGUUUUGACACAGGUGUCGAGGACGGUAUUUUCAAUCGUUUCAGUCAGUGGCCGAAAAAAUAGAAGCCCCGAGUUGCCGUGCAGAACCUCUGCCUUGGGAAAAAAGGCUUUUUUUCCGGUCUCGCCCAGUCAGAAGUUCUAAAUGAAGUACUAGCCGUCGUUUUGUACCGGUCAAAGGACGCGUGGCAUCGCUGUAAAGUGGGUUUGGAAUCUUCUGCUGGUUAUAACUCGCAGAGUCUGAUACGCUUGAAUUUCAAUUUUUUCGUUCGUCCCUAUUUGUGGAUCCGGUCCUUUGGAGUUGAUCACCCUGCGCCUGUUGGAGAUGUGAGAGGACGCUGCCGUUAAAGGCCAUGUCUGUUCCUCCACGGUGUGUUUUUCCCUACGUAUGUGCCUCUGUGCGUUAAAUAUCAACUAUGCAAUGCUAGAACGUGGUUUCCUCCAAAAGGAAGUGUUUGCACGAGGUUCUGAAAGUCCAGAAUGUCGUUACGACGAUAAUCUACCGGUGGCAGCCGCGCUGGGGCGGCUCCACUUGUGGCUGUGCGCGGUGAGACAAGGCAGGAGGGGUCAAUUCAAGGUCAUUUGCCAAUUAUCUCAUGGAUUCCGAAAGCAGCUUGGCUCGUUCACAGUAGUAAAUUCUGCAAAGUCUCCUUCUUCUCAUGCUUGCGCCCGUAUCGGCCAGUGAAGGUGCCCCAGGGCAAGCUUCAACAUGCAUGGCCGGAACCAAUCUACACAGAGACACUGGUCUAUAUUUUGUGAACAUCUGCGCUGGAACAGAAUGCCAACUGUUUCAUCGAGAGUUAGCUUGGUUCUUCACUCUGGGUUGUAAGCAAUCUGUGUAUUUCAUGGCUUGAUCUUUGUGAAAACGGCAGAGUGCUCGUUUUCUAAAUGUCACCUGAGCAAGUGUGCGAAAGGAUGUAUCUCUAGACUAUGGAUGGCGAGGAGUUGAGAAACGUAUUUCAAAAAAACAUAGGCUUGUGCGUAUUUUCAAAAAGUCUACGUGAUUAAGCGUCGCUUUCGCGAGAAAGCGGUUAGGGGACAACAGGUCGAGGUCAGGCGAGAAGGCAAUUUCCAAUAUCGAUCAGCGGCGAUUUCUCUGUAGAUUUUUACUUCGCAUCUUCGCGCGGCUUCACAUAUUCUUUGCGCGUGUAAACCCCUCACACAGUCGUUUCUAUACUGUGUUUUCUCUCUCUUCGUGUCUCCAUUCCGCCUCUGCAUUUCAAGCCUGUCUCUUCAACCAGCACUCGAGCGUAGCUUCCCCUCUGCGUAACUCGCGCCCUCGCUUUUUUCUGACUCUGGCCGUGGCAGACGGUCUUGAUUUCAACGUAGAUUUUCAAUGACGGUUUCGCGAUGAACUUCUUUGCGAGGCGAAGGGACUCUUCGGAUUUUGGGAAGCAGCGUCCCUGCAGUUUGGUCUCUUCUCCCGAGCACUUGGCGAAGCCCCUGCUCUCCGAGUUUCAUGAAAACAAAUUGGGUUCGCUGUCUGCUUUCGGCUCUGAGGCUCCUGUCCCCUGUUCUUCCCCGACCGUGGCCUGUCCGUCUCGCGCGGCUUCUCGCGUUCCUGCCCCAGAGACCCACACCUUAGAGACGCCAGCCGCCGACUUGGCUGUGUCGUCGACUUUUCGUUCCUGGUCUGCACACAGUCUCGCGCAGUUCUGGAAGAAGAAAGCGACUGGCGCCCGCAGCCGCGGGUUUGCUUUCUUCCCCUCUUCCCUGGUGAGGAUAGUGUCAACUUGCGCGAUGAGGGCCGAAAAAAGUGAAGGCCAGGAGAAACACCCUUCGGACCUGGCACCUGACAGCGAGGGAUUCCUAGGCCAGGUUGCAGGAAUGAGGCUCGAGGGACAGGAAGGACUUGGUCAAAGUCACGAGGAAGCGACAGAGGGCGGCACUCUUGGUUCCCUCUCGAAGGCUUCAUUAACGCGACAGAACGCGGAGGCGCGUUGUAGACACGUCACAGGCUCUCCCUGGAAGAGACAGAACAUCCACGCGGGGACGACUCAGGCCGCCGAGCGGCAAACGAGAGAGCACGAAGGCGACAGAGGACGCGAAGACGAACAAGGACUCGACAUCGAAGAAGUUGACGAAGAAGAAAGUGAAGGCGAGAUCGAAGGGGAGAUGGAAGGCGGCAUCCAAGACGCGACCAAUUCGGGCAUUGCAUCCGACUUUUUCAAUGAAUUUGUCGAUGUUCCCGAGGACGAGGACGAAGAGCGUGAACGGCGCGUCUCUGUCUCCCCUCGCUCACGACUCGCGCGACAUCAUCAGCUCGAUAGCUUUCCGACUUUCAAAUUCUCUGAGACGCAGGUGGCGCGCGAAACAAGUCAAGGAAGAGGUCAGAGUUUGUCGGAACAUGGGGAUGAAGCUGCAUGGGCAACGAGAGAACAGCAGUGGAGUGGAUUGCCGCAGGUGUAUGCGAGACCCACUCCCGGCGUCGGUCGAGAAAAAGAAAACAAGGCGCUUUGUCACUUUCCAAAUUCUCGGUUGGAAGCGCCGAUGUCUGCUUCGACCCAGUGUUACUCACCUGCGCUCUCUCUUGCCCUUCCUUGGCUAGGUCGUCCGGCUCGCGCUGCGCCCCUGGAAUCCGACUCGAGUUUUCUGGAGAUUCCUGAUGCUCCUUGCUCUGUGCAUCUGAACGGACGGGAGACCGAAGCGGCGAGGUCGAUAGCGGGGCCUCUGUGUCAUGCUGGAGAGGGGCGCGAUACGCAUGCAGAAAACCUGCGCAGGCUCCUGACCGUCGCACCCGAGGAGAGAGUGUCUUCGCUGGUGGAGUCCGACGUCGAGGAUCAGCAAGCUUCCCGAGACGUCGGGCACCGCGCGUCAGUGUCGAGUGACCACGACUCGUUCGCAGCGAGGCUGUUGGUUCCAUCUCCGUCUCCUUCUCUCCUGCUGUCUCCCGGGUCUCCUUCCCUCUCGUCCAACAGCGCGCUAGGGUCACUGCUUCUCUCUUGUGCACAGUCUUCCUGCAACUCUUCCCUGUGUUCGGACGACGAUGCUGCUCCCGAGACGAGCGCCGCGUCUCGUCCUUUGUGGUGUUCCUUCUUCUUCGCUCCCUUCUCUCUCCCAGGCCUUUCCUCCCCCUGCUUCCUUCUCUCUUCCCGGUACGUGAGCCGCUGUCUCCUUGGCUUCUCGACUUUCUCGGUCUCCUCGAGACAGACGCACGCGCGCCGUAGCUCGUCGGCGACACCGGCGCCUCGUCUGGCGCGUCUGCGUCUCUGUCUCCUCGCGAUCUGUGUCGCCCUGCCUCUCGCGGUUCUGCUUCUCUUUCUCAACCUGCUUCUUCUCCUGGCGCAGCUGCUCAUGCGCGGCCUCCACCUGCUGCUCCCGCCCCCGCUCCCGCCGCGUUUUCAGUGGAAGAAGUUCGUCGCCUUUCUCGGUCCCGGCUGGCUUGUCGCGAUGGCCUAUCUGGAUCCGGGGAAUCUGGAGGGAGAUCUGCAAGCCGGCAGCCGCCGAGAAGAUCCUGGCGUCCUGCCUCCGGGGGCGCCAGACCCCAAGGGCCAUGCCCUCCUGUGGGUCCUCCUCUGGGGACAUGCAGGCGGAUGGAUUUUCCAAGUUCUCGCUGCCCGGCUGGGCAACGCCACCGGCCUCGACUUAGCAACUCUCUGUAGGCGUCAGUACAGCCGCGGCGUCGCCUGGCUGCUCUGGGUCUUAACGGAGAUCGCCAUUCUUGGGGCAGACAUCCAAGCCGUGAUUGGUUGCGCGGUUGCAUUCAAUCUCCUCGUCGGUCUCCCUGUCUGGAUCGGAGUCCUUGUGACCCUGGUUGACUCCUUCACAUUUCUCUCGCUGAAUGCAGAGAGAACUCAGCAGCUGGAGCGCGUCUUCUCGUUCUUCAUUGGCAUCAUGGCCGUCGCAUUCGGAUACACUUUGGUGCUUUCGAAACCUUCUUUUCGCCUAAUCCUCCACGGCCUCGUGGCGCCGACGCUGCCACACACGCGCGCAGAUGCCUUCGAUCUUCUCGCCCUCGUCGGGUGCAUCAUCAUGCCUCACAACAUCUUUCUCCACAGCGCUCUCGUCCUAACCAGAAGAGUGAAAAGGAACAGUCCCGACAAGGUCGCAGAGGCCAAUUACUACUUCUCCCUCGAAGCUGCUCUCGCACUGGCCGUCUCCUUCCUCUUAAACGGCUGUGUAUUGUGCGCCUUCGCAAAUCCUCGAGUAAAGACUCCAGAAGGCGAAGACCUCACGCUGUCCACCGCUCCUGAGGCGCUCCAGAGUGCCUUUGGUCACGGCGCUCUCUAUAUUUGGGCGGCGGGUCUUUUAGCAGCGGGCCAGAACGCGGCGAUGGCGGGGACGUAUGCGGGGCAGUUUGUCAUGCAGGGAUUUCUGGAUCUGCAUUUUUCUCGUCCCGUUCGUUUGGUUCUUACUCGCCUAGUGACCAUUCUCCCCGUCGCGGUUCUUGCGGACCUCGACCAAGCCGUCGUCGAUUCUAUUUGCCGCGUGGUGAACAUCGCGCAAGCGUUUCUGCUGCCGUUCGCCCUCGUUCCCCUGCUGCUGUUUUCGACUUCUCGCAGAGUGAUGGGCAGAUUUGCUCUCGACGGCUGGCGCUGGGGAGCUGUCCUCGCCCUCGCUGUCCUUGUGACGUCGGGGAACUUCGCGGUGGCUUUUUACCAGCUGGCCGCACUCCAGUUGUCUCCCCAGCUCUGUUUCGGCGGAUUCACGCUCCUGCUUCUCUACGCCGCGGUUCUCAUCGUUAUUGCCCGACAGAAGAUUCGGGGAGUCUUCUGCGUCUACCUCCUCGUCGCCAGAAGACGGCGGAGAGAGCAAGCAAGAUGGAUCGGGGCGGCAGAGGGGGUGGAGGACAGCGGGAGAGCCCAGACUGAAGCAUUCCAAGGAAAGGCGCUGACACCCGAACAAGAACGAGAGAGUACGGUCAUUGCAGACGCCAGCGUCGUCCCUGUCUCCUCCGGGACUGAUGAACAGGCAGACGAAUGCACGGUGGGCGAGGAGAGAGACAAAACGACAAGAACAGUCGGAGAGUGUCGAGGUCGAGAGAGUAGUCCGACGGGGUAUGGGGCGACGCGGUUUUUUCAACCAGAGAGUUGAGAGACAGUCAGCAGUGAACAAAGAAAGCACGCGGUGCUUGUAUUUCAUUUGGCGCAUGUGUUCCAUACCAGUUCUGUACGCCGUUCCCACCGUCUUUCAUGAGCCACACUGUCGGUUUUUGUCGCACUCUCCUGUUCGAGAAAAGCAGUAGAUGUCGACAGAGACCCAAAAGUGGCGCACACACUAGAUGAAAAUGUAGACAAGCGAAGGCGGGGAGAGACAGCGAAAAAAAGUAUAUUUCAAGGCUGUUACCGUAACUCGUUAGAUAAUGGCGACCACUUGCUGAUUUAAUUCAAAGAUAUGGAACGACGAGCGCGAGCCAUCAGCCAUAACGUGUGGAGUAUUUGUUCUCUGCGGCGACAGCCUAGACGCUGUCAAACGAACGCCAACAGUCUUUCAGGUGUUAGGAACGACUUCUUGACUUAGAUGCGUA